UGAGAAAAAUUAAAUAAAUAGAUGGAUAAUUAUUAAUUAAUAUAAAAAUGAAAACAAUACCUAAAAUGUUUUAAUUAACAUUUGUUUCAACUUGUCGGUGAUAUGACGCUAUUUCAGUGUAUUAAUGUAUGUGUUAAAGAUGAAGAGAUAUAAUUUGGGAACUUAAAUUCAUAAAUUUGAUCACCAAUAUUUGGUGUAAAUAGUCAAAAUGUAAGUCUAAUAAUGGGUACCUCUACCUUUGAAGAUUAACUGUUUAGAGAUAUUUUUACUUUACCAAAAAUGAAUAUCAUGCGAAAACUGCGUGGUAGUAAUACUACCCCAUCUACAACUGGUGAAAAUUCUCGUCUGUUUGAAGAAGAUUCUAGUCAACAUACUGCUCUUGGUUUAAUGCAUCUAAAGAAACUUUUUACUGAUUACAUUCAUACAUCACACCUGCUAACUGACAAAGAACGUAGUACAAAACUGUAUACUAUGAUUCCUUUAUUUUGCAAAGUUUUCGGCAGAAGUUCAUGUGCAGAAAUUAUUGAAAAAUUUUGUGACAUUAAUAGCUGGUGCUCAGAAAUGUCAGCUCUUAUGGUUGCAGAAAUCCGACAACGUGCGUCUAAUCAAUCAACAGAAACCGCUAGUAGAGCUAUUGCUAGCUUUUUAGAAAUAGAGAACUGUGAAGAAUCUAGUAAUGGAUGGAUGCUUUUAUCUACAUUAAACUUAUUAGCAGCAACUAACCAACCAUCUCUUAUAAAAAUAAUGGUAUCUGCAUCUCUUCCUUCAACAUUAGUAAAAUGUUUGUAUCUUUUUUUCGACUUGCCUCCUUUGGAGAAUGAAGAUAAAAAAACUGAUCAAAGUGAUUUUACUCCAAAAGAACGUCGUAUUUUGCUGCAAAAAAUUUUUGUGCAAAUAUUAGUAAGACUGUGCAGUAAUCAUUUACCAGCUGAAGAAUUAGUCACUAAAGAUGAUUUAUCUUUAUUAUUCUCUGCUAUUACAAGUUCUUGUCCGUCUUAUAAUGCUGUAUGGAGGAAAUCUUCUGCUGAAGUUUUAAUAACAAUCUCUCAACAUGGAAUUACACCAAAAGUUAUACAGUAUAUUCAUGGAAAGAACUGUAUUGAAUUGUGUGUUGAAAAUAUGCGACAAUGUGCAGAUUUAAGUCCAUUAGAAGUAGUUGAUAUGUUUGUUACUGUAUCUUAUUUUUUAAAAGAUUCAUCUGAGAUAUCACAAGUAUUACUUGAUGACUUUAAUACAGCACAAGGUUAUACAUUUUUAUCAGACUUCCUUGUCAGUUUGGAAAAUGAUGAAUCUAGUGAAGCCCUCGAAGCGAUGAGGAAUCUUGUAUUGAUAAUUGCAUCUCUUUCUAUGAGUGGUUACAUUGAACUGAAACCAAAUCAAGAACAACCUGACUCAUUGUUACAACUUUUAGGAUUUACUUUACCUCAACCUACCGGGCGUGGUCAAAGUGUACGGAACAUAUGUGCGUUCAAUGUUCUCCAAACUACAUUUAUUCGAUCUGAUUCUAGUGCAUUAUGCUGUACAAUUCUUGAUGCAAUAUCAAAUGUUUAUCAUUCUGAUAAUGCAAAUUAUUUUAUACUGGAACCACAAAAUACAUUGCCAGAAUUUACUGAACAUAUACAUUUAAAAAAUCAACAGAUACAAGAUAAAUUUUUCAAGCUCUUAGAGUUCAUUGUUUUUCAACUUAAUUUUGUUCCAAUUAAAGAAUUAGUUUCAAUGGCUCAGUUUUUAAAAACAUGUAGCUCUACGGAAUGUACUAGAGUCUGUUUACAGACUCUAUUAAAUAUACUUAAGCACAAUAAUACAUUUAAAGAUGUAUUUAGAGAUGUUGGAAUACUUGAGGGAUUAUCGAACAAUUUAAGAAAUUACACUCAAGACUAUCUCUCUGAUUGUGAAUCAAAAGACGAGAAACAUGACGGUGAUCUAAAACGGGUGAUCAACUUAACUGCAGAAUGUUUAGUUAAUCUUAUGAUAUCUUCGCCAAAAAAUUGUAAAGUUUUCAAAGAAUGUGGCGGUGCUCAAGUACUAUACAUUAUACUUGAAUAUCCAUCAACUCGUCAAUAUGCUACAGCUAUAUUACGAGAGAUGAUAUUAAGCACUGGCGGUGAAGAAGAAAUGUCUACACUUUUGGGCACCCUCCAUACAGCUGAUAAUAGUUGUUUACCAUUAAAAUCUAGUAUUUUAAAAUUAUUUUUGAGUUGUAUGAAAGAAAGUCACCGUACAAGAACCAUGUUUCGUAAAGUAGAUGGAUUUGUUUAUGUAAUAAGUGCAUUGGUGUCAAUGGAAGGCUGGUUUUCAGAUGAAAAACGUGUUGAUCAAGAAGCUUUAAAAUUUGCUUACAUAAUUUUUAAUACAAUUACCAUAGCUAUGCGCUUUGAACCAGCAAAUGCAAAAUAUUUUCACCAAGAAAUUUGUUUAACAAGUUUAUGUGACACAUUAAGAUUAUUAGGUUGUUUUUCAAAUGAAAUUCAACUAGAUGACUAUAUUGAUUUAAUAACUACAUCAUUAGAAGAAAAUGUUUUUCAUAACAUAUUCACAAGCAACACAAUCAACCCUGUAAUUACUGACAAUGUUCCAAAGUUUCUUUCUUAUGCCUGUAUAAUAAUGAGAAUGCUAUAUGAUGUUGCUCUUGAUUUAUAUGAUAAACAGAGUAAUACCACUGUUGUUUCAUUUAAGUCACCUGCUCAUAGACGAUACAGCGAAGUGGCUACAAAACCUUUAGAUUGUCAAAAUAAUAAUCGUCGUGCAAUACAACUCAACUUAACUCCUCCUGCACCAGAUCCUAUUAUUGUUCAUGCUGGCGUUGUUAUUGCUAUGUUACAACUACUACCAUCAAUUUAUAAUCCAACGGCUCCUAAGCUAUCACUUACAUUGCAAGUUUAUAUAGGUGAAGUAAUCAGAUCUUUAGUUCGUGGUGAAAGAAAUCAACAGCUUCUAUGUGAUUCUGGAUUUCCAACUACUGUUUUAAAAGUAGGACGAAUAGCAUUAUUGGAAGAAACUCAUCCACUUCAUACAGUGUUUCAGUAUAUGUUAGAGCGUUUAGCUAUUCAGCUAUUAGAACCAAAGGAUUUGCGAGAAUUUUUGAGACUUGGAGAACCCCUUUGUUGUGUCCCAUUAGAUUUACUAGACUGUUGGAUAAGUCACAGUAGUAAAAAACCAGGUGGAACAGUACCACUAAGCCGCGUUAAAACUCUUGUAUCUAUGACCACCCCUAGAGAUCCUUGUAUGCUUGCACUACCGCCAUUUUUUGAAAUGGAUUUGUCUUCUGAGGGUUUUGGAUGCUUAUUUUUACCCAGUAUUGCUCCACAGUCUCCAAUUAGUGGACCCUCAGUUGUUAAUGUCGCUACAUUAACUACUCCUGAUAUGAAUGUAAUUGGUGGAAUAGGAACUGGUGACCGAAUGUUUCCGCCUCAGAGUGGUCUUAGCUAUUCAACAUGGUUGUGCGUUGAAAAAUUUUCAGAACCAAGAAGUGACCCUCACCCUGUUCGACUUCUGACUUUAAUAAGAAAUGUGCAAAAUACUAGAGACCAUUUAGUUUGCUUGGCAGUAGUGUUGUCUGCUCGAGAUCGAGCACUUACCAUAUCCACUCAAGAGACUCCAAUAUCAAUGACAAAUGCUGAUUGGGAGCCAGAGGUCAUUGGUGAUUCAUGUGUAAGAAUUUGGUAUCCAGAUUUUGUACAAGAAGGACAGUGGCAUCAUAUUGUAUUAGUUUUAAAUAGAGCCGUAUUAAAAAAUUCAUCAUUUUCUUUAUAUAUGGAUGGUCAACAUGUCCAUACUCAAAAAGUAAUAUUUUUUAAUUUUACUAAAGAAAUAUAUAUUAAUUUUUUUUUAAUAUUAUUUCAGCUACAUUAUAUAUCUCAAAAUCCAGGUGGUGGUGCAGCUAACUUAACAAUUGCAUCUUCUGUUUACGGAUACAUAGGAACUCCUCCAAUUUGGAGAAAAUAUUCAAAAUUGACAUGGAAACAAGGUCCAUGUUGUUUAUUAGAAGAGGUAUUAAAUCCUCACGCCAUAAAAAUUUUGUAUCAGCUUGGUCCUCAUUAUUUUGGAAGUCUACAAGCACCUGAUAUUAAAGAUUUAGAACAUAUUGGACCUUUGGUAUCUGAAGAGAAAGUAAUUUUUGGAUUGAAUGCGAGAGCAGUUUCUCAGUUAACUUUGGCAAAAAUACGAAAAAUAUAUAGUAGAGUGGAUAGCAAAUCAAUUGCUAAACAGCUUGGGAUGUCCACUCACGAAAAUGCUACUCCUAUUCGUAUAAUGCACAACACAGCUGGACAUUUAGCUGGUUCAGCCAGAAGCUUAGGUGGUGUUAUAUUGGGGUAUUUAGGAGUACGCACAUUUUAUCCCCGUCCAGUUUUAAAGUUGAUUGAUAACAUUGGAGGCUGUUCUGUAUUAUUGGGAUUAAUUGCAAUGGCAAGAGAUAUGGAAAGCUUAUAUGCUGCUGUUAAAGCUUUAAGUGGAGUACUACAUUUAAAUAUGACAGCAAAACGAGAAAUGGAACGUAGGCGUGGAUAUCAACUCUUAGCAUUAUGUCUACGUAGGCAUAAACACAUGUUAAAUGCCCAUAUUCUACACAUCAUACUCGAUUUAGUUAUAACAACUAGAAGUGUUGAAGCCCCUACUAUACCAGAUGCUGUUGCAUUUAAUGAUUUGAUUUGCGAGUUAAAUCUUUGGCAAGAAGUUCCAGCUGGUCUUUUACGAUCACUUAUUGAACAGUUAUAUGAAUUGGUGUCCGACUCAAAUGAAAAAAGAAACAAUUUAAUUAUAUUAAGAAAUAUGGAAAUGGUUCGUAAAAUGGUGAACUUUUUACCAAUUGUUUUUAAUACUUCUACGUCAUCGACUACAGAAGUAUUGUUUUCAUUACUUGGAGCACUUUUAGCAAAACACCCAUUAACUGAAGAUUUAUUAUGUCUUGGUCAGUACAUUGUGUUUACAUUGAACACUGGCCUCAGUACAGAAACAAGUCUUAGAGUUGAAGAGUUUGAAACAAGAACAAAGACUAUGGAAAAUAAUGCUGAAUUGACUAAUGAAGAAAAAACCAUUUGUCUAAUUUUAUUACGUAAUCGUUAUCUUCAACUUGUACACUCCCUUUUGUUCACUAAUAAAAACUUAGUUUGUACUGGAUUUUGUGAUGAUCUUGUUCGGGUCUUAGGAUUUGACUGGGUACUGUUAUUUAUGCAAUCAAAUAUACAUAGUUCUUCAAUAAUUUGGACUUAUAAAAUCCUUACUACAUUGUGUUCUGUACCUUCAUUAAUGGUAAAAUUUAGAGAAGCAUCCAGUAAUGGUGGCUGGCUGUUAAAUACUGAACUUUUGCAAAAUAAUAGAGCAAAUUUAAUGCUAAAUUACCAACUUUCUCCAAGCUUACAAAAGAACAAUAAAGACAUACUUAACAAAAUGGAAGCAUUAAACAUACCAGGUUUUCAACACCUAUCUUGGUUUUUAUCUUAUCAUACUGAACUUCCCGAACUGUAUUAUUUUUUAAUGGCUUUAAUGUUGGGACAACCAGCUAAGACAAUUCCUAAUGAAAAAAAAUUGAAUCUUGAUGGCAUUUGGAUUUUUAUGUUUGGUGUUCCAAUUAGUCAGUCACUUUCAGCUGUUAGUGAUCGUAUUGUACUGUGUCCAGAAGCUGUCACUGCUCUUUUGUCAACUGUGAGAUUAAUCUUGAACCAAGAUAACAGAGAAAUUAAAUAUGAAGAAUGGUUAGAAGAUCAUCCAGUUACUAUAAUUCAGUUUCUUUUUUACCUGUACCAUAACUUACCAGAUUGGAUGCCAGCAUUUAUGACAUCUGAAAUUUUACAUUCCUUAAGUGCAACACUUUUUCCAUUUACAAACUUGAACUUAAGUGAACCAUCAACACCAAUUGAUGACUGUUUUAUAAAAACACCAGAUGGAACUCCUCCUUCAAUUGUUCAGAAAGAACAAUCAUUAACAGUGCAUCCUUCUAGAAAGUUUGUUAUUGAUUUCUUAAGAGUAAUUGUUGUUGAUUCUCUUCUAUUACCAAUAAAUAGCAAAUCAUUACCGCCCCUAGAUUUAGUUCUUGAUGCUUCACCAGAAGGCGCAACUUCAUCUCAAGUAUCAAAGUACCAAACUGAACUGCUAUCAACAUUAAUGGAUCACUUAUUAGCUGCUGAUAUUAUGAUUGGAGAACAAGCUGCUGUGUCUACUGUUCCUGGUGGUAGCGCUCAAAACAUUCCUCAGAAUGUUUGUUAUUUAACAUGCCGUGUCGUUGACAAACUAUGGCAGGGUGUUUUAAUAAAAGACCCACACGAAGUAUUUGAUUUCAUUAUGAAAUUAAUUGUUCAAGCAAAACGAAGACCAUGUUCUGUACCCAUGGAAGGAUUUUACCAUUGUCUCAAUAGAACUACUUUGUAUUUGCUUUCAAGAAAUACGGAUUCUAUAGCCUCACAAAUGCCAGUUUUGGAAGCAUUACACAAACUUACCACUAAUAGAACAUUAGUAUUUGGAUCUGGCAAUCACGAACUGGAUUUUAUUGGGUGUCUUAUUUAUUGUUUAUUGCAGUUGACUUCUGAUAUGAAAAUAAUACUAGAUACAAAUGCAAAAACUACAUGGCAUAUAAAUCCAAAUCAAACUGCAGAGGUUGAAGAACAAACAGCGAAACAAGGACAUAAUUUGAUGGCAGUUGCUGCAAAACGCGUUUGGGAAGAAUUGUAUAUAUCAAAAAAGCCAGCUAUUGAAGAGGUUUUCAAAAUUCCAUUACCAAUGUCACCAAAUAACAAAGCUCCAGAUCUACAUUCUGUUCGUGAACUUAUUUAUGAGAUUGCUCAAAAACAUUGGUUAAUUUAUAUUGACAUGGAGAAAAAAUCAUUGUAUAAAAUGCCUUGGGAACUUCAAACACAAAUUCAAUCAAAAAUACAGAAAGUUACUGGUGGUUUAACUAGACUUGCAUCCCGUGGCAAAGUACUUAGACGUGAUGAAAGCCGUUGGCAAAGUGGAAGUCUUUCAAGUAUUUCACUACCAUUAUCAAGAAUUACUAAAAGUGAAUGGUCUACAUGGGCGAACCAUGGUUUAAAUGCAGUAUGCGAAUUAGUUUCUAUGCAAAUGGCACGGCAAGCUCAACAUCAAUCAUUUACUGUGCGUUAUGUUCUGGAUCAAUGGUAUUUAAUAGAACAAGAAUUAACUAGGGAAAGAGGACUUUGGGGUCCUUUUACUUCCUGCAAAUUAGACAAGUGGAUAUUAGAUAUGACAGAAGGUCCGUGUAGAAUGCGUAAAAAAAUGGUAAAAAACCAUCAGUUCUAUAGUCAUUACCCAUAUCGACCAGAGCUUGAGUCUGGAGACAAUAAAGGAUUAAAGUAUCGUGUGGCUACAAGUUAUGACAGCAAAGAGUUUUGUCAAAAAUAUAAAUUACCGACAUUAAUAGAUAUGGAAAAUUUAGCUCCACAAUCUAACGAAAAUAAUAAAUUUAUAACACAAAUUGUUGGUCAAGAUACCUUUGACUUUGACAAAAAUCUAGAUGAUAAUGAAUUACCAUUCAAAGGAUUAAAAAGAGUUGUUAGAAGAUCAACAUCUGAACCAGAUGAUGGAAUGGAUGAUAAUGACACAGAAAGUGGAAUUGAAGAUCAAGCACCGCCAGAUGACAAUCAUACAAUUAUUAGACUUUUGGAACCAAACGAAAAAAUUAGUCAUAUGUUUCGGUGUGCAAGAAUUCAAGGUCUAGAUACAUAUGAGGGUUUACUUUUGUUUGGUAAAGUCCAUGUCUAUAUUGUUGAUGGUUUUACUUUACUUAAAACUAGAGAAAUUAGAGAUAUUGACACGUUAUUACCUAAUUCGUAUGAGCCAUUAUUACCUAGUCCUGGAAAUGGAAGUCCAAAUCGUGUGCGCAUUAAAAAACAAAGUUCUAAGUUUUCAUAUGAUGAUAUAAGGGAAGUGCAUAAAAGACGUUACCUAUUACAACCAAUUGCUGUAGAAUUGUUUUCUGCUGAUGGACGUAACCAUUUACUGGCACUACCAAAAAAACUAAGAAACAAAGUUUUUAAUAGAUUCAUGGCAUAUUCAACAUCAAUUGCAGACAAUGCUCAACAAUCAGUUGCUGGGCAAAAAAGAACAGCAAAUGUUGAACAAAGCACAAGCCUUCUUUCAAACCUUAUGGGAGAAACAACAGUUACCCAAAGAUGGGUGAAAGGUGAAAUAUCUAAUUUUCAAUACUUAAUGCAUUUAAAUACAUUGGCCGGACGAAGUUACAAUGACCUUAUGCAGUAUCCAGUAUUUCCUUGGAUACUAAAUGAUUAUGAAUCUGAUGUACUCGACUUUUCAAAUUCUGCUAUUUUUAGAGACUUUUCUAAACCAAUGGGUGCUCAAUGCCCUCAACGCCUUGAGCAGUUUUUAAAAAGGUACCGUGAAUGGGAUGAUCCUCAUGGUGAGACUCCUCCGUAUCAUUUUGGUACCCAUUAUUCAUCAGCUAUGAUAGUAUGUUCAUAUUUAGUUAGAAUGGAACCAUUUACUCAGCAUUUUCUCAGACUACAGGGUGGACAUUUUGAUUUGGCUGAUCGUAUGUUUAAUAGUAUUCGAGAAGCAUGGUUAUCUGCUUCAAAAACUAAUAUGGCUGAUGUCAAAGAGCUUGUACCAGAAUUCUUUUAUCUACCAGAGUUCUUGGUUAAUUCUAAUAAUUUUGAUUUGGGAUGUAAGCAAAAUGGAGUACAAUUGAAUGAUGUAGUUUUACCUCCAUGGGCCAAAGAUGAUCCACAUGAAUUUAUUCGAGUACAUCGAGCAGCGCUUGAAUCAGAAUAUGUAUCUCAGCACCUUCAUGAAUGGAUAGAUUUAAUAUUUGGCUACAAACAGUUAGGCCAACCAGCUGUACAAGCUUGUAAUCUUUUUCACCAUUUAUUUUAUGAAGGAAAUGUGGAUAUAUACAGUAUUGAUGAUCCAUUAAAGAAAAAUGCAACCAUUGGAUUUAUAAAUAAUUUUGGUCAAAUUCCAAAGCAGCUUUUUAAGAAACCUCAUCCGAAUAAAAAACAACCAACUAAUAAGGCAUCAAUGCUUGAUGCUGCUAAUCCAAUUUUAAGUUCCAGUACCAAUUUGAAUUUAAGCGACAAACUUUUUUUUUAUCAUUUAGAUAACUUAAAACCAUCAUUACAACCAAUCAAAGAACUAAAAGGUCCUGUUGGUCAAAUUCUCCAAGUUGAAAAGAAUGUAUUAGCAGUUGAACAGAAUAAAGCAUUAAUGCCACCAAGUUUCAAUAAGACUAUAACUUGGGGUUUUGCUGAUCAUAGUUUAAGAUUAGCACAAUAUGAAACUGAUAAACCAAUUGUAAUCUGCGAAAGCUCGAGUCAAUCACCUGGUGAAAUUGUAACUUGUGUGUGCCCUACAUCUAAGACUGUUAUUACCGCUGGAACUAGCACAGUAUUAACUGUAUGGGAAUUGGAUUUAAACAACAAGUCUUUAAAAAUUGUGGAUAAUCUGUAUGGUCAUACAGAAGCUGUGACUUGUUUAGCUGCUAGUGAUACAUAUAAUAUUGUUGUUUCUGGUAGCAGAGAUUGUACGGCUAUAGUUUGGGAUUUAUGUACAAAAGCAUUUGUGAGGCAAUUAAAGAAACAUAAUGCUCCAGUUGCAGCACUAGCAAUUAAUAACUCAACAGGCCAAAUAGCUUCAUGUGCUGGUACUAUGUUACAUGUUUAUACUAUAAAUGGUGAAGAAUUAGCUAAUGUAGAUACAAGUGUUGGACGAGCUGAUAGAAUGCAACAAAUAUUAUGUGUAGCUUUUUCUCAAGCUAUCGAUUGGGAUCCUCAAAAUGUAAUUAUCACUGGGUCAUCAGAUGGAGUUGUUAGAAUGUGGUCUAUGGAAUAUGUGCAAGUUCCUAAAGUUCCAUUGAAUACCUCGUCAAUGGAAUCUUCUAUAUUAAAAGAUUGUAGUGAUGAAAAGAAUAAAGAUGUUGGUGAGCAUUGUUGUAUAUCAAAAACACGGACAAUUGCUGUUCAGAGACUGGUCAAACAAUUAAGUAUAUCAUCAGAAACUAUUAAUGAACAAGGAUCAGUAAUGAAAAGUGGGUCUGAGAGUAGUCUAUCAGAACAGGAGCCAAAAACCCCUAUAAAAAAAAUUGCUAGAUCAGAUAAAAUUGUUUUUGCUGACGAAAACGAUUCAACACCCCCAGUUCCCAUUCUGAGGAAAAAAAGGGCAAUGAAACCUAAUCCAUUGCUUCGAAAAUCUGAGUGUAGCACGUCAAGUUCAACUGAUGAGCCAAAUAUUCAACAAGAAUCUUUAACAGUCUCUGAUUCAGUAUUAAGAUUAAGUAAAAGUGAAACUAAUCUCAUAGAAUCAUUUGUUGUUGUUGACCAAGAUGAUUUAAGCUUAAAAACUAAACCUGUCAGUCCUUUACAUAGAUUGAGAGAUGGGUUUCAGUGGCAACGUCAGUUAGUGUUUCGCAGUAAAUUAACUAUGCAUACAGCUUACGACCGUAAAGACAACACUGAGCCAGCUUCAAUAACAUGCAUAUCAAUUUCAAAAGAUCAUCGGACAGUAUAUAUUGGUGAUGCCAGAGGACGAGUUUUUACAUGGAAUGUAGCUGAGCAUCCUGGGAAAGGUGUGGCUGAUCAUUGGUUGAAAGAUGAAGGAGCAGAGCAAUGUAAUUUGUGUGAUGUUCGAUUUUCAUUGUACGAAAGACGACAUCAUUGUCGUAAUUGUGGACAGUUAUUUUGCUCAAAGUGUAGCAAGUAUGAAUCUGAAAUAUCAAGAUUACGAAUACUGAAACCAGUACGGGUGUGUAAACCUUGCCACACAUCAUUGCAGCCAGCCAAACACACUUAGUUCCUAAAAUCAAUGUUAAGGACAAUAGAAAUGAAUACUGAUCCAAAAGACGAUUUGUUAAACUAUUGAACCAAGGCCAAGGCUUGUAAAUUCUAUAUACUGUGCCAUGCUGACAAGUAACAACAAAUAAUUGUAUUUUUAAUAACCUACCAAAUUUCUAGUCUUUAUUGACAUUUUAUAUGAAGAAGUAUUAUUUAAAAUUGUUACCAUAUAUUCUCAUAGCAGUUUUGACAAUAAUUUAAAUAUUUUAUAUGAAAAAAAAUCUGUUGAGUCUCCAUUAGCCAUAGGUUUUGGAAAUAUGUUUAUGUAAAUUAUCUCCCAUCUUAAUUUAUUAAAUAUGAAUGCCAGUAGAAAAUCUUUCAAAAUUCAACAAUUUAAUUCAGUGGCGUCCAUCUAAUGUUUCAUGUGUUGAUUCAGGAAUAUAUUUUCGUGUUUACGUUAAUAUUUGAAUAAAAAUAGUAUCUAACAGUUCUCCCUGAAAUAGUGUUUUAGUAUAUUGAGUAUAACAUGUCUGUAGAACAUGGUUGGUGAUAGGUAUUAUAUAGAUAUUCUCUAUACAUAUUUUCUAAGAUAUCUACUCUGAUUAUAGUGUUAAAUAACAGUGAAUACAAUAAUUUUUUUUUUUAAUUUUUUGGGAAUUAAUAUGAAUUUUGAUUAGGUCACAUCACUGCUGUAAUCGUUAAUUAUUAUUAUUUUUAUUUUUAAAAAUUUGUUAUUUAUUUGUUUUUUAUGUUUCUUUAAAAUUAAUGAUGUGCAAGUUUUACCUAUUAGUUUCCGUCCAAACAAUUUUGUACAGAUAUUACUUAUAAUAAUAUCGUGAUUUUUCAAUUCAUUGUUCUUUGAUCAAAUGUAUCCAAAAUCUAAUAGGUUAAACUUAACUUCAUAUUUUUAAGGUAUUAUUAUAUAUAUAUUUUUUAAAUUUUAUAUAUUUACAAUGUCACCUGAAUUUUAUAUUAUUAUUUAUUAUCUAAUUUUAUUUGAUUAUUUCAGUAUAAUUGUCUUGUUUGUUGCAUGUUAUUAUUUAACUAUUUAAAAAUAUUUCAUUAAUGUAUAAACUAUAAACUUCACAAACUAAGGUAUAGUAUUUUUUAACUAUUAGUUUGUGAUAAACCCCAUCAACUAAAAAGUUUGCUUUAUAUUAUAAUAUAUAGGUAAGACAUACUUGUAAAAUAGAGCACAAACACAAACAAUA